CCAGGGCUGAAGGAUGGCUGCCUUUGCCCGCCUGCUGGAGCGUCUCCUCUGGCCAGCUCGCAAAAAACAGGAGUCAGAAGAGGAAGCGGAGGAGGGGCACAGGACUCAGCAUGGGCCUCGGUUGCUCCUGGACGCGCCGCGAUGCGUCCAGCGGCCGCACGGGGGUGCGGCCGCGUCUUGUGGCCUGCGCUUCGGGGCGAGCGCUGUGCAAGGCUGGCGCGCGUACAUGGAGGACGCGCAUUGCGCUUGGCUCGAGCUGCCCGGGCUACCGCCAGGCUGGGCAUUCUUUGCGGUCCUCGACGGCCACGGCGGGACGCGAGCUGCCCUCUUCGGCGCGCGCCACCUGCCGGGCCACGUGCUCGAGGCACUGGGCCCAGCGCCUGGCGAACCCGAGGGAGUGCGCGGGGCGCUACGCCGAGCCUUUCUGAGCGCAGACGCACAGCUGCGUGCGCUCUGGCCUCGGGGCGAGCCGGGGGGCUCCACAGCCGUGGCGUUGCUCGUCUCCCCGCGAUUUCUGUACCUGGCGCACUGCGGUGACUCCCGAGCGAUGCUGAGUCGCGCCGGCGCCGUGGCCUUCAGCACCGAGGACCAUCGGCCCCUCCGGCCCCGGGAACGGGAGCGCAUCCACAACGCGGGAGGCAUCAUCCGCCGCCGGCGUCUCGAAGGCUCUCUGGCAGUAUCCCGAGCGCUGGGCGACUUUGCUUACAAAGGGGCUCCGGGAAGGCCCCCUGAGCUGCAGCUCGUUUCCGCGGAACCUGAGGUGACCGCCCUGGCUCGCCAGGGCGAGGACGAGUUCUUGCUAUUGGCCUCCGACGGUGUGUGGGACGCGAUGUCUGGCGCUGCCCUGGCGGGACUGGUGGCAUCGCGCCUCUGCGUGGGCCUGGCCCCGGAGCUUCUCUGCGCGCAGCUACUGGACACGUGUCUGUGCAAGGGUAGCCUGGACAACAUGACCUGCAUCCUGGUCUGCUUCCCCGGGGCCCCCAGGCCUUGUGAGGAGGCCAUCAGGAAGGAGCUAGCGCUGGACGCAGCCCUGGGCCGCAGGGUCGCCGAGCUGUGUUCCUCUGCUCAGGAGCCCCCCAGCCUGAACACGGUUUUCUGGACUCUGGCCUCGGAGGACAUCCCAGAUUUACCUCCUGGGGGAGGGCUGUACUGCAAGGCUGCUGUCCUUGCUGAAGCUUAUUCUCAGCUCUGCCAGGCCCCAGGACGCAACUGGCAGAAGGGCCCGAAUGGGGCUGGAAAGCCCACCGGCACCCAUUCAGACUCUUCCUUGGACUUGAAGCCCUGACAGCCGUUGCCCUUUGGGGAUCCUCUGCCCAGCCGCGGCCUGAAAGGAACUAAGGAAGAGAACCUCUUCCCCAGCUACACAGACCAGCGGAAGGAAGACAAACGGAUGGAGGAACCCCGGAAUGCUUAUUUCCCCUUCUCCUCCUUCCCUCUCACAGAAAGUCUUAUGAGGGGAAAUUCUACCCACCCUCUGAACUUAGAAAGAAAGAAAAGAAAGAAAGAAAGAAAAGAAAGAACCACCCCAAACCAAAUCAAGUGUUUUUGAAAUAUUUUGAGCUGAAUGGACCCUUGCGUGAUCACCCAGUUCAAUAACCUUCUCUUCCAUUCCCAUUUUUCAUCUGUUUUGGGGGGAGUUAGGGGAGAGUAUCUAUUAUUAAAUUUUAAUGAUAUAUAACUGAAAAUAAAUUUCUCUUGUAGAAACAACAACAACAACAACAACCCAGACAUUAUUUGUCUUGUCAUUUGGCAGAUACGUACUGGGCACCUGCUGCGUGCCAGGCCCUGCUCACCGCCAUUAACCGGGCGGAACCACUGAGAUCCCGCCCCUCCCUCUCCCUGGGGGCCCACCUCCUCCUGUGUGUGGGGGAGACAGCGAACAAGGGAACUGAUAAUAUCAUUUCAGAUACUGAUAAGUGUCUCAAGGAAAAUAAAACAGGACAGGGUGAUAAGAUGUCUAGGGGAGCUACUUUGCUUUUUUUUAAAUUGUAUUUUUUUUUUUUUUUUGAAUGGGGGGAAGUUCACUUGGUUCAAAAUUCAAAGGGUACAAAAUGGUUUACAAAAAUGAAAGG